GUGGUGUGAUCUACAGAUUCUGACCCUUCGUUUAAUCUCAUUUGUCUAGUUUAUUCAGGUAGAUCAACUUUCUCCACAACCACACUAUGCUUUUUCAGCUUUAAUUAAGCCGCUUUUCCUCGCAAUCAAUUCUUUAAUUCUACAUUUGUGACUCUAAUUUGCUGCAUGAGCCGCACCACUCUCUCUCUCUCUCUCUCUCUCUCUCUCUCUCUCUCUCACACACACACACACACAAACUAUGGUGUAGCCUGUAUCAUAACUUUUUGUACAACGCCACAACUCUUUCUUUGAAGGAGUCUGAGAUAGCUAUAAUUACACCCAAUAAAUUCAAGAACCAUUUUUUUUUUGGGAGGGAUCUUCUGCUUGAAGCUGCUGUUUUUGUGCACCCAAGAUUUACUUUUUUGGCUUGGUUGCUUGUGGAGGUUUUUUUGCUCUGAAGAAUCUGGAAGUUUCUUCUGAUUUAGUGCUAGGGCUUAAUGGAGAGAGAAAACGGCGUUUCGAAGUCGAAGAUGGAAGAUUAUGAAGCCAUAGAGCAGAUUGGGAAGGGCGCUUUUGGAGCUGCAUUUCUUGUGCGGCAUAAAACUGAGAAUACGAAGUAUGUCCUAAAGAAAAUUCGUCUCUCUAAGCAGUUGGAGAAGUUCAAGAGCAAAGCAUUCCAGGAGAUGGAUUUAAUUGCAAAACUAAGCCAUCCAUAUAUAGUUGAAUACAAAGAUGCUUGGCUGGAAAAGGGGAACUGUAUCUGCAUCCUGAGCAACUAUUGUGAAUCAGGAAAUAUAUCUGAUGUAAUAAGGAAGGCAAGACGGGCGUAUUUUCCGGAGGAGAAAAUUUGUAAAUGGAUGACUCAGUUGUUAUUAGCUAUCGACUAUCUUCAUUCCAAUCGUGUCCUUCAUAGGAAUCUCAAGUUGUCAAACAUAUUUGUGACAAAGGAAAAUAACAUUCGUUUAGGUGACUUCGGAUUAGCUAAACUUCUCAACGGGGAAAGCCUAGCCUCAUCGGCUGUCGGAACCCCCAACUAUAUGUGUCCUGAGCUUCUUGCCAAUACACCAUAUGGCUAUAAAUCAGACAUAUGGUCUCUAGGGUGCUGUAUGUUUGAGAUUGCUGCACACCAACAAGCAUUCAAAGCACCCGAUAUGAACGGACUCAUCAACAAGAUCAACAGAUCUUUGAUCUCACCAAUGCCCAUCAUAUACUCUUCAACUCUGAAACAAAUUAUAAAGAGUAUGCUGAGGAAGAGUCCUGAACACAGGCCGACGGCUGCAGAACUGUUACGACACCCGCAUUUGCAGCCAUUUCUCCUUCGCUGUCAAAACCUGUCCACUGUUUUCCUCCCUGUGAAGUCUCCCUCUCCCGACACUGCGAACGAGAGAUCAAAUAGGUCGUCACCCCGUAGCUCUGAUGGUGGGAAAAGCUACCUAGAAAGAGAGGUGAAGCUGAAACAGAGGGAGCUGCUUCCUUUAUUUGCAGAGAGUAUCAAUAUGCAGCAUCCGACUUUACUGGAUGAUGAUGCCUUGAUCGAAGAUCUACUCGUGACCAAGAGAGUCGACCCGACAAGCUACUCCGGGAAGAUGUCUCAUGACAGUGAAGACUCGAAGAGUGGGGACACGAGCGAGACGACUGAUCACGACAACCAUAAGUCUUCGUCGCAUCAAGAGAGCAUCUACAUGAUGGACGCUUUGGAAAGACUGGCAAAUGCGCUUCGUGAGGAGCAAGAGGAGUAUUCUCUCAGAAAGAAUAUGAAGUUAGGGAAAGCUAAUGGAGGAAGUGGGGAUCCGAAAAUGACGGUGGGGCGCGGGCCCUCAACCGAUGAAAAGGUGAGAUCUGAAGUUGACGAAGAACCAAGAAGCUCGUCCCACGUAGAUGAAAGUACGGGCGAAUGUUCUGGAGUGUCCUUGGAUAAGGAUCACGCGAAGAUCACAGAUGAUGGCAUAGUUGAGUCAAGGCAAACGGAGAAAGAAACCAGAGAUGGGCCGUUGUUGAAUAGCCAUGAAGAUAGAGCUGAUGAGGAUCCAGUGAAGAUCAAAGAUGAUGUCUCGACCACACCAAGAACAACCAAGAAAGCAACGGGCGACGAUCUACUGUUGAAUGCGCGGACUGCAAAGAGCGACAGCAAGCAUGAAAAUCCAGGUGAACACAGAGCUCAUGCUUUAGAAUCACUGCUUGAACUGUGUGCACGUUUGCUCAAAGAGCAUAAAUUUGACGAGCUCUCGGGCGUGCUGAAGGCUUUCGGGGAAGACGCCGUCUCUUCUCGAGAGACGGCUAUCUGGCUCUCUAAAAGCUUAAUGAAUGCCCAGAAACAGGCUGAGAACUCCUAGUUCAACAAUUGGGACAUGAUGAUCAAUGUUCAGUUUCUAGUGAUUUAUUGUAAAGUUCAAGUUUGUUUUUUUUGUGGCGUGCUUGUAUAAUUUGUUUGCAGAGUGUGAUUUGAGUUUUAAAGAUUGAAUCUGUAGAGGAAACAAAGUUAGUUUGAUUUUCCUUUUUUUCUUUUUUUUUCUCAAGACUAAUGUGAGUCACAAAUGAAGUUAGUGUUAUUUGAAUAGGAAACCAUCAAAAUGUUGGAAGCUUUGUAUUGUUUUGUGGAAAUUUUGUAGAUAUUUGAGCUUGAGACAAGAGUUACUUUUUUCUUGUUCUUUA